CUUUGCCGAGUGCCCCCGGCCCGGCGGGAGCCCGGCCGCCGGGGGUGGGACCGCGGCCCCGAGGCUGGGCUGGCCCUCCGACGGCGGCGGUCGCACCGGAGCGCGCCGCGCCCGCGGGAGGACAAAGGGCCGAGAUGGGAAACUCCUACGCUGGACAGCUGAAGACUACGCGGUUCGAAGAGGUCUUGCACAACUCCAUUGAGGCCUCCCUGCGCUCCAACAGCCUAGCGCCCAGGCCCGUCUUCUCCCAGUUGUACUUGGAAGCCGAGCAGCAGCUUUCUGCUUUAGAAGGUGGGAGCCGAAUGGACAAUGAGGAUGAGGAAGAAGAGGGAGAAGGGGGGCCGGAACCCAACUGUGCCCCAAACCCCUAUCAGAUGCUCCCGCCGCCCGAAGGAUGCUGCACCACAGAUGGGUUCUGCCAGGCGGGGAAGGACCUGCGUCUCGUCUCCAUUUCCGAUGAGCCCAUUGACGUCCCUGCAGGCUUCCUGCUCGUGGGUGCCAAGGCGCCCAGCCUGCCGGAUCAUCUCCUGGUGUGCGCCGUGGACAAAAGGUUCUUGCCGGAUGAUAACGGGCUUAAUGCUCUUCUUGGUUUCUCCGGGAACUGUGUUGGCUGUGGGAAGAAAGGCUUCUGUUACUUCACGGAAUUCUCCAAUCACAUCAAUCUGAAGCUGAGCACGCAGCCCAAGAAGCAGAAACACCUGAAGUAUUACCUGGUCCGCAAUGCGCAAGGGGCUCUGACCAAAGGACCCCUCAUCUGUUGGAGAGGCUCAGAGUUCAGAAGCCGGCAGACCUCCACCAGUGUUGGUCCCUGUUCUCUCUUCCUGCCACCGGAGAGCGCCGGGCCUCAGGCUGCCUUCUCCAGCGAGCCCAUUUCUGGAACAAUCCCGGGCAUCCCCGUGGGGCCACAGCAGGCAGGAUGUGCCGCCAGUCACCCCUCAUUGGCCGCAGCAGUGGCCCCGGCCGUUUUCAAUGGCAAAGAUUCCCCGAAGCACCAACAGCUGGCGAAGACCAACCCGGUGGCCGUGGCCCGGCCUUUGGCAUUAGGUAUCUUAUCAAACUCCGGGCCCCCCAAAAAACGUCAUAAGGGGUGGUCUCCAGAUUCUCCAUCAGCUGCAGAUGGUGGCUGUCCCCAGGGCGGUGGGAACAGAGCUAAGUGUGAGAGUGCAGGCAUGUCCCGCAUGCCCCAGGUUGGCUUGGUGGGCCCAGCUUCAGCCACCUUUCCUGUUGUGGCCUCCGGAGAACCAGUGUCCGUUCCUGACAACUUGCUGAAGAUAUGCGAGGCCAAGCCCGUGAUAUUCAAAGGCCAUGGGAACUUCCCUUACCUCUGUGGGAACCUGAAUGAUGUCGUCGUGAGCCCUCUCCUGUACACGUGCUACCAGAAUGCCCAGUCCGUCUCCAGAGCCUAUGAACAGUACGGGGCCUCCGCCAUGCAGCCCAUUUCAGAGGAGAUGCAGCUCCUGCUGACCGUCUACUAUCUUGUCCAGCUGGCGGCGGACCAGGUGCCCCUGAUGGAGGAUCUGGAGCAGAUCUUCCUGCGCUCGUGGCGCGAGUCGCACCUGACGGAGAUCCGGCAGUACCAGCAGGCGCAGCCGCCGCCCUUCCCGCCCGCGCCCGGCGCCCUGGCCCCCGUCACGUCGGCGCAGCUGCCCUGGCUGGCCGGCCUGGCCGCCAGCUCCUGCAAUGACAGCGUGCACAUCAUCGAGUGCACCUACUCCCUGGCCGAGGGCCUCUCCGAGAUGUUCCGGCUGCUCAUCGAAGGCAAGCUCGCCAAGACCAGCUACGUGGUGAUCAUCUGCGCCUGCCGGGGCACCGCCAUCGACUCCUGCAUCGCGGUCACUGGAAAAUACCAAGCCCGGAUUCUUUCUGAGAGCCUUCUCACCCCAGCGGAAUACCAGAAAGAAGUCAAUUAUGAGCUGGUUACGGGGAAAGUGGACUCCUUGGGGGCCUUUUUUAGCACCCUCUGUCCAGAGGGCAACAUUGACAUUUGGCUGGACAAAUUUCACAAGGAAAAUCAAGGCCGCAUUUCUUCCCCGCUUACUGCCUCCUCUGUCACCAAGUCAUCCAUGCUGGAUGUUGGCGGGGCACCAGUGUGCACAAGUUACAAUCUGGAGCCCCACCACAUCCGGCCCUUCCAGCUAGCCGUGGCCCAGAAGCUCCUCUCCCAUGUGUGCUCAAUAGCGGAUUCCAGUACCCAAAAUCUGGACUUAGGAUCCUUUGAGAAGGUGGACUUCCUGAUUUGCAUUCCACCCUCAGAAGUGACCUACCAGCAGACCCUGUUCCACAUCUGGCAUUCAGGGGUUUUGCUGGAGCUUGGCUUGGAAAAGGAGCACAUGACCAGGCAGAGGGUUGAACAGUACGUUUUGAAGCUGGAUGCUGAGGCACAGACCAAGUUUAAGUCCUUUCUGCAAAACUCCUUUCAGAAUCCACACACACUCUUUGUCCUAAUCCACGACCAUGCCCACUGGGAUCUUGUGAGUAGCGCUGUUCAUAAUCUCUAUUCUCAAAGCGACCCACCUGUGGGACUGGUGGACAGAUUGCUCAACUGCAGGGAAGUGAAGGAGGCCUCCAACAUCGUGACACUCCACGUGACCUCCUUCCCUUACGCGCUGCAGACACAACACACCCUCAUCAGCCCUUAUAACGAGAUCCACUGGCCUGCCUCCUAUAGUAACGGAGUGGACUUAUAUCCUGAGAAUAAGAAGUACUUCGGGCUGUCGGAGUUCAUCGAGUCCACCCUGUCGGGACACAGCCUCCCUUUGCUCAGAUACGACAGCUCCUUCGAGGCCAUGGUCGCGGCAUUAGGAAAGAGGUUUCCCCGCCUGCACAGCGCGGUGAUCAGGACCUUUGUUCUCGUGCAGCAUUAUGCAGCCGCCAUGAUGGCCGUGCAUGGCCUCUCCCAGAUGAAGAACCACACGUCAGUGGAGACGCUGGAGAUCACGCAGAACCUCAUCAACUCCCCGAAACAGUGCCCCUGCGGCCACGGGCUCAUGGUCCUGCUGCGGGUGCCCUGCUCGCCGCUGGCGGCCGUGGCCUACGAGCGGCUGGCCCACGUGCGGGCGCGCCUGGCCCUGGAGGAGCGCUUUGAGAUCAUCCUGGGCAGUGCCAGCUCCGGCAUCACCGUCGGGAAGCACUUCGUGAGGCAGCUGAAGCUGUGGCAGAAAAUCGAGGAUGCGGAGUGGAGACCUCGGACUUACCUGGAGCUGGAGGGCCUGCCUUGCAUCCUCAUCUUGAGCGGGAUGGACCUGCACGGGGAGUCCCUGCCGCGGUCUUUGAGGUACUGCGACCUGCGCCUGAUAAACUCCUCCUGCCUGGUGAGAACAGCGGUGGAGCAGGAGCUGGGCCUGGCUGCUUACUUUGUGAGCAACGACGCUCCCCUGGAGAAGGGGGCCCGGAACGAGGCCUUGGAGAGCGAUGCCGACAAGCUGAGCAGCACAGACAAUGAGGAUGAGGAGCCGGUGACGGAAGCAGGCGCCCCCUCAGAGAAGAGGAGCCCCGUGAAGAGGGAAAGGUGCCGCUCCCACGGCUCGGCGUCCUCCUCCUGCUCCUCCAAGGCCUCCAGCUCAGCACCCUGUGGGGAGUCCUCGGCCCAGCCCGGGGAGCAGACCAGAUCGCCACUCCCCUGCGGACCUUCAGAGGAGAGCAGGGCCCCUGGUGAGAGACAGAGGCCGCAGGCCAGUCAGGGACCACCGUCAGCCGUCAGCAGGCACAGCCCUGGGCCAGUCCUCCAGCCUGACUCCAGCCUCAAGACCAGCCAGAGGGGUGCCCCAGUUUUGGGCACCUCGUCUUCCCAGCUCCCCUCCCCGGGCUCGUCCUCCUCGUCCACGGCACCCACCACCAGCACACUCGUCCUGCAGGCCUCCCAGUGCUCCCUGACCAAGGCGCUCCAGCAGCCGCCCAUCGUCUUCCUGCCCAAGCUGGUGUAUGACAUGGUCACGUCCACCGACAGCAGUGGCCUGCCCAAGGCCGCCUCCCUGCUGCCCUCCCACUCGGUCACGUGGGCCAGCUCCUUCCGCCCCCUGCUCAGCAAGACGAUGACGUCCACCGAGCAGUCCCUCUACUACCGGCAGUGGACGGCACCCCGGCCCAGCCACAUGGACUAUGGCAAUCGCGCCGAGGGCCGCAUGGACAGCUUCCACCCACGCAGGCUGCUGCUCAGCGGGCCCCCUCAGAUCGGGAAGACGGGUGCCUACCUGCAGUUCCUCAGCAUUUUGUCCAGAAUGCUCGUUCGGCUGACUGAAGUGGAUGUUUACGAUGAAGAAGAGAUCAAUAUCAACCUCAGAGAAGAAUCAGAUUGGCAUUACCUCCAGCUCAGUGACCCCUGGCCAGACCUGGAGCUGUUCCAGAAGUUGCCCUUUGACUACAUCAUUCACGACCCAAAGUAUGAGGACGCCAGCUCGAUCUGCUCGCACCAUCCGAGCAUGAGGAGUGAAGACAGAGGGAUGUCCCGGAAGCCGGAGGACCUGUACGUGCGGCGUCAGACAGCGCGGAUGAGGCUGUCCAAGUAUGCGGCGUAUAACACAUACCACCACUGUGAGCGGUGCCACCAAUACAUGGGUUUCCAUCCCCGCUACCAGCUCUAUGAGUCCACCCUGCACGCCUUUGCCUUCUCUUACUCAAUGCUAGGAGAGGAAAUCCAGCUCCAUUUCAUCAUCCCCAAGUCCAAGGAACACCACUUUGUCUUCAGCCAACCUGGAGGCCAGCUGGAGAGCAUGCGGCUGCCCCUCGUCACAGACAAGAGUCAAGAAUAUAUAAAAAGUCCGACAUUCACUCCAACAACUGGCCGUCAUGAACACGGACUCUUUAACCUGUACCAUGCGAUGGAUGGUGCCAGCCAUUUGCACGUGCUGGUUGUCAAGGAGUACGAAAUGGCUAUUUACAAAAAAUACUGGCCCAACCACAUCAUGCUGGUGCUCCCGAGUAUCUUCAACAGCGCUGGAGUUGGUGCUGCCCACUUCCUGAUCAAGGAGCUGUCUUACCACAACCUGGAGCUCGAGCGGAACCGGCAGGAGGAGCUUGGGAUCAAGCCGCAGGACAUCUGGCCUUUCAUUGUGAUUUCUGACGACUCCUGUGUGAUGUGGAAUGUGGUGGACAUCGACUGCGGCGGGGAGAGAAGCAGGGAAUUUUCCUGGUCAGAAAGAAACGUCUCUUUGAAGCACAUCAUGCAGCACAUCGAGUCGGCCCCCAACAUCACCCACUAUGCGCUGAUUGGCAUGCGGAAGUGGUCCAGCAAGGCCGGGAGCCGCCAGGUGCGCGAGCCCUUCUCCCGCUGCCACGUGCACGACUUCAUCAUUCUGAAUGUGGACCUGACCCAGAACGUGCAGUACAACCAGAACCGGUUCACAUGUGACGAUGUGGACUUCAACCUGCGGGUGCACAGCGCCGGCCUCCUGCUCUGCCGAUUCAAUCGCUUCAGUGUGAUGAAGAAGCAGGUCGCAGUGGGCGGGCACAGGUCCUUCCACAUCACGUCUAAGGUGUCCAACAACCCGGUAGCCGUUGUGCCGGCCCAGUACAUCUGUGCCCCGGACAGCAAGCACACAUUCCUUGCAGCCCCCGCGCAGCUCCUGCUGGAGGAGUUCCUCCAGCACCACAGCCACCGCUUCUUCCCGCUGUCCCUCAGGAACCACGGCCACCCCGUGCUGUCAGUCGACUGCUACCUUAACCUGGGGUCUCAGAUCUCUGUGUGUUACGUGAGCUCCAGGCCCCACUCUCUAAACGUCAGCUGCUCUGACUUCGCGUUUAGUGGACUCCUGCUAUACCUCUGCGACUCCUUCGUGGGAGCCAGCUUUUUGAAAAACUUUCAUUUUCUGAAAGGUGCCACCUUGUGUGUGAUCUGUCAGGACCGGAACUCGCUCCGCCAGACAGUUGUCCGCCUUGAGCUGGAAGAUGAGUGGCAGUUCCGGCUGCGUGAUGAGUUCCAGACCGCCAACGCCAAGGAAGACCGGCCGCUCUUCUUUCUGACCGGACGGCACAUCUGAGGGAGACACCUGCAAAUUUUCCGGAAGAGUGCAGCCUUCAGAACCUCAUGCUGUUGAGGCUCAGGGAGUCCCAGAGCCACGGGCUGCUGGAACUGUAUGGGCCCCAGGGACUGUUGUGCAACCCCCUCGUGGUGUGUGCCAGGGAACCAGGGCAGAGGAGGAUGGAGACUUAGUGAGCAACGAGGGGGAGCCGUGGCAGGCAGGAACACAAACCCAUGCCUCCUGGGAUUGGGCCAGACCACAUUGCCCUGGGCUCUGUCGAAGUCCAUUUCAUGAAGAACGUAUAUUGUGUCAUCCACAUGCUUCCCUGGACAAAUAUGACUUUCCUCUUAGUUCUAAAGGAUCACACUUGGAUAAUCUUGUAGAAGUGCCGUAUUUCAGGCCAUGGGUAUGAUCCUGGCUAUGUAGGUUUCCCUAUAACCUGCUCCAAAGCAAUAUUGCAGAAGAACAUUUUAACUGUAAAGACCAGAGACAAGAAAAAACUGAGUCAGUCGUGUAAUAAGCAUUACAUAAUUGCCUCCCAGUUUGUUCUUUUAGCAGCGAGCCCAAAGGCAUCAACUUUAUAGCAAAUAGGAUUCUAAAACAACAGCAAAGGGUGAAUACCCUACCCCUUAGAACAAAAAUGAAACUUUCUGUGAAACUAAAAAGGUUUCAAAGGAAGGAAAUUAGGGUUACAGAGGCUGACGCUAGGAAGCAGAAUUUGCCUUUCAAAGGAAAGAGCAUCAAAUUGCUUACUUGAAACAAACAAUAAAACAACCGAAGUGGCAUAUAAAAUAGGUGAUAAGAAACUAGACUUAUGGCUAUGAUUUACUGAAACCCGGUUUCCGGUUCCUUAAGUGGCUAGUUCUCUUCUGCCUGCCUGGCCCUGAUCAGGGAGGGAGGGGGGCAGGGAUGCUCUGUGACGCUCACACUUUGACUCACUGGCCAGAGGCUUUUUAAACCAGCACAUUAGACUGUCACCUGUAGGCCAGCCACUGGGCCAGGUGCUUUCACCGUCAGGAUCUUGCUUAAUCCUUCCAACAGCUUGGGUGGGUGGAACUAUUCUCCCAUUUGAAAGAUGAGAAGCUUGUGAUGCACAGAGUGAACAAGGUCACAAGAUCACAGCUGGAGAGAAGCCGAAGCACCAGCCACACUCCUGGAUCCGGGAUCCUGGAUCCAGAGCCUGCCUUCUCCCUACAAUGUGGCCACUCCUGGAACCAAGGGAAGGUUUCAAGAUCCUCAAAAAUGAAACAUGAGAAUACAUUCUUUUAUGUCCAUCUUAGGCAUUUAUUUAUAAGCACUCUAGUGCAAAACAGUCCAGGAAGAAAUUAUUUUAAAAGAUGAUACCAAAGAGUUCUUAUCAAUCUUUUUUUUUCUCCUAAGGAAAAAGUCCUUGAGUCUGAAAGAUGAGCUCUGUGUUUGUAAGAUGACCGCUUUGUAUAUGCUCUUAUUCCUACUCGGAAUAAAAGUUACCUUCUUUAGUUAUAUUUGUCUCUUGUAAGUAGCGGCUUCUUGGGCUGUUUUCCCCAUUUUAUUAGUUAACUUAAACUUGAAAAAAAAAUCCCAAAGUAAUAUUCUUGUUUGUUCCAGCCUUAUAAAUAAAACUUACAAUGCA